AUGGGGCGGUCUAAACGGGUCUCUUGUGCGGAGCCUGCGAACUGGAAACCCGACGAGGAGAACGAGCUUUUGGCGUGGCUCGACUACAAUCUGGAGAAGAGUUCGGAUGGUUUCGCAGCCUUCAAGCAAUCAGUUUCCGAGCACCUUCGUAGAGUGUGCAAUGUCAGCUACACCUAUGAGCAGUGUCGGAGGAAGUUGCAUUGGCUGUGGUUGAACAAAGGAGAUGACAGUGCCAAAAAGGUCGCCGUAUUGCACGAGCACGGAUCCGAGACUCUGACCCACCUAACGACGGCGCAAAAGGAUUCUAUAUUGGCCAGAGUGAUUGCGCUCAGGGAAAGGGACCUGAAUUUUCCCCGACGUCUGAGGAGUGUAUCUCGAAACAGUGCAACUCCAUCGCAUCGUCAGGGGCAUAACCGACAAAUAACGUCUGCGACAGUGCAACGGUCACAGCUACAAGUCCCUUCCGUUGUAAUUUCGCCAAAACGAGUUCGCAAAGCCAAGCGGCCCCGGAGCCGGAGGAGGAAGAAAAGACGUCUUUCUAGACAGGUUUCAGUCAGAGCUUCGAGCGUGGAAGAACCAGAAGAUGGCGAGGCCAGAAGCAAUAAAGAAACUGACCCAGACGAUACGGAUACAAUAGACAGCAUGGAUAUGCUCAUGGCCCGCGUACCUAGCACAAGGAAUGGCAGUGAUCAAACAACAGCAACAGAUCAUCGGACCACAGAGGUAUUGGAAUCUCUCAAGUCAGAGCUUGCAGCACUACAGGAGCAGGUGCGAGUACUGGGUGAGCUGCAAAAUGACACGCGAUCUUUUAUAGCCUUCUUGCAUAUGCGUUUGCGCGAAGCGGUCGAGCGCGACGAAGUGGCUCAAGCCCGUAUACACAGCCUUGAACAGGCAGAGAGGGCGCGAGCCGAUGGUAAGUCACUAGUCUCUGAGAUGGCGAUUCUGGGGGACAAGAUCGCGUACUUGCAGAGGAGAUUGUACACAGCCCAGGAUUUGAGAAGGUUCACCCAGCUCUCGGCAACGGGAGAGAUACGACCCUGGAACCUAACGUGGAUCAACGAGACAAUGGUCAAUAUCGAUUACUACAUGAAGCAGCUACUCUUGGACCAUGACAACAUUGACCACUUUGAGGCCCCGAACCUCGACAACGACGUGGACCUGACCGCACUUAUUCGAACAAUACUGGGGCUGAACCCCCAGGAGCGGGUUUCAGAGAAAGUGCAAAUUCAGCUGUCCAGAUUAAGUUUGCAGUCAGUUGUACGUGCUUUGACUGCGGCCGCUCUCUGCGGAUGGGUCUUUCAGGCUGAACUUCCCGAUGGAGAGGUUGCCCUUCGGAACCUGGAUUUUGCUGCACACCAAUCACUCUUCGAUGGAAAGCUGUUCCAAGACAACAUACUCCCUCGACAAGCCGAGUCACUCGCCUGUUGGCUGUCGAAGCUCCUUUCUCGGAUUUUCCGCAACGACGACAGCGUAGUGGUGCAUUCUGCAGGAUCGUACGGAGUUCCUUCAGUUCAUCGUUUCUACACCUGGGGUGUUAGUGAGCGCAUCUGGAUGAGUACCCGGGAUAGAAUGAUCAAGAUAUUUCAACUUGCUCUCGAAAUUAAGUACAAGUUCAUGCUGAGCACGUACCAAUUCGAGGCGGUGCUUUACCCCCCUGGGACGCCCUUCCUGGAAGAGCAGAUGGAGCCAGAGACGGCGGAGGGCAGCAAGUUGACGACAUUUGCCUCUACAAUGCGUGAUCUAGAGGUUAAGCUCUGCUUACUGCCCUCGCUGUAUUUUUGGAGGUCGGAUUGUAUGCGAGUGCACGGUAAUACGUUUGUGCAACGCCAUCCUUCUGAUCGGGAAGAACGUGAACGACUUACGAAAGCGGUCGUGGUUGCAGAGCCACUAUGA